UUGAAUUCAUAAAUAAUACAACAGUUAAUUUUGACUCGAAAGACCUCACCUCAAUCCGAAUUAUAUUUACCAGAACGCCUGUGCAAUCUGCAUCGCCGUCUACAUUCUCAAAAUAUGGCCAAAGAUCCUGCGUUGCCUAAAGUACCCGACGCCGAUCGCGCGGCCGCCAGCGACAGUCCUCUUCGUCUCUUCGUGGGCGACAUAGCUGUUCUGUUAGCACAAAUACCUUACAUCAUUGAUGCUUUUCUGCCGCUCCGCACGAAAGACCAUCUGGCAGAGCUUUAUCCUACGCCCAAGAAUAUUAGAAAUUCGAUUAUCCUCCUUGUCGUUUCCGUGCUGGAAACUGUUGUCCUAUUUGCACUUUUUCCGGCCUUCUUCCUCUUUCCCGGACUUGCAUUCGCCGUUGGCAUCUUUGUGGUCUUUCUAAUUCUGUACCUGCUCUGUCUUCCGCUGCAAGGGAAAAGAGUAGUAUUCGCCGCCCAGAAUCCCGCCGAUUGGCAGAAGUUUAGCAAAGAGCGAUGGGUCUUUGUCAACGGUAUCAUGACCAGCCAUUACGGUCUCCAGAGGAACUGUGAACGACUGGCAGAGACAUUCGGCAGGCCAAUUGUCGGCGUGCACAAUAGAAGCUAUGGGAUAAUACACGACCUUAUAGAAUGCCUGUUUCAAAGGUGCUUUUACCUCAACACUACCGACGGCCGGAUCACUUUUGCGUAUUUGCGGGAUUACGUGCUUGACCCCUCUGUGGAGAAGGUCGUCCUAAUCGGGCAUUCUCAAGGCGGCCUCAUUGUGUCGUUGGUGCUUGAUAAGAUGUUUACCACGUUGGAUUCCGAGAACCUCAGUAAAUUGGAGGUCUACACGUUCGGCUCCGCUGCUUCGCAUUUUGACAAUCCCCGAUCCAGCGCGAGUAGACCGCAGACCCGCAUCAUCCGCCAUAUAGAACAUUUCUGCAAUGAAAAGGAUCCAGUUACCAGAUGGGGCGUCUUGUACAAUGCGCACAAGACAAAGUACGACUUUGAGUAUCAUGGCAGAGUAUUCUUCCGUCGCAAUGCAUCUGGACAUCUCUUCACGCAGCAUUACAAUGACGUCUGGUUUCCGUAUCAAGAUGGGUCCAAUGGCACCAAUGGUCUGACUCCAAACGGAAACGAUAAUGGAGUUGACGUUGAAAGCCCCGAAGGAGAUGAAGAGCGGCAAAAUUUGUCGAACGCUAGGCAGAUAUCGCGACUCUCGGAAUACGUCGGUGGCAGGGAGCCUGACAGUGCUUAGUACUUUUCAAACAUAUCAUUACUGGUAAUUGCUUCUCAAUUCAAUGUCAAGCUGGCUCUUGUUUCACUUUGCCGGCUCCGUCAAAAGAACCGCACGCCUCG